AUGGCGGCGGUGGAGGUGAGUGUGAGUAGCGGCAGUAGUGACACAUCUAGCACGGGCGAAGAGGAGAGGAUGAGGCGUUUGUUUCUGACUUGCGACGGCGACGGUGAUGGAUACAUCAACAGGUAGGCUAUUUAUUAACGACAAGGUGGAUUUAGAAUUGAAGGUUACCAAAUGCGAUGAAUAUAUUUUGCAUACAUCUAGCUACGAGCUGGAAAUAUUAUAAUUUAUUUAGCUACGCGGCUUUGCUCUAGUUUUGUAAUAUAAACUAAUUUCCUUUUCCAGUGACUUCCGUAGCGAACAAUUUCUCCCAUUUUGUUUCGCGCACACUUCGAAACCAUACCUUCUCCGUUUUCGAAACAUGCUUUGGCUCGAUAACUGGCAAAGGCAACCUACAAAACAUCUGCAUGCCAUGGCGUUGGCUUGAGGUUUUGAAAGUUUGCUAGCUACUCAAAAUUACGUUUGACGUCAUUAUAAAAUAAGAAUUUGUUCUAAACUGACUUACCUAGUUAAAUAAUAAAUACAUAAAUAGUGAUAUUAUGUGGGGGUCUCUAAUUAUACGAUGUUUAUGAACUCUGAAGUGUUGAAUGUUCUUGUUAGUAAAUAAAGUAGGCCUACUCUGCUGAAGGCUAUACACAAGCAGAGCGAGCAGUGAGGAAAAUUAAAACAUGCAGGAGAGGAUCGAGAGCUUAAGAGCAUUGGCGCAUUUGACUCAACUCAAACACAUCUGUUUUUACAGAGAAACCCAUGGUUUGCAUAGCCAUUUGAGAUACUAUUUGUGGCCUAGAAUGCACUGUAUAAAAUGGAUUGGUAGCCUCUAAGGCAUUAAAGUUGACAAAUUGAACCAGUUCUGUUGAAAUUGAUGCUUAGGCCAUAUUCCCCAUGCACACUAACCCUUAGACAUGAAACUGAUGAAUAAGAUAUCCAUUGUGCUAAAUAACUACAGCUUGAAGGGCAUACAGGGAUCAAAUUCCCUGUCUAUGGGAAUAUCUUUUGCUCGAAUUGUGUGCUUUUCCACUUCAUCUAGGAAACCUAUUUACCCCCUCCAAACCUUUCCUAAUUUUCCUAAUAUCACUUUUCAAUUCUUUGAGAAGUGAAGCAAAUUUCUCAGGCUGGUGCGGCGGUUAAUGUACCAGCAAUUCAGCUUAGUGCUGCAACUUGUACACCACUCUUCAGACAAUUGAAAACCAUUCUCUUCCUCUCACUCCCACUCUCCGCCUCUCCCUCCCUCUCUCCUUUUCCCUCUGCCUUUCCUUCUCCAUCUCUAUCUUAUCUCCUUCUCUCCCUCUCUCCUGUUAGGAAUGACCUGCUGAUGGUGUGCAGACAACUAAACAUGGAGGAGUCUGUGGCAGAGAUCAUGUGCCAGCUGGGAGCGGAUGAGCGAGGCAAGAUCUCCUUCGAGGACUUCACCCGCUGCCGCAUGCAGCUGGUCAACGAGAUCCGCAAGGAAGAGGGCGAGCUCUCCCAACGCUCCCAGAACUCUGAAACUAAGAAGCUCAGGGAACACCUCGCCUCCUGGCCAACCAGCAGCGAGAACAGCCUGGGUGAGUUUUUGAAGAUAGCCAAUCACGAUUAGGCACAAUUGUAAAUUAUAUUGUUAAACAAGAGACGGCAACUAAUCACAGCUGCCUAAAAGCUUAAAAUCAACUAAGAACAGGCAACACCAAACACUUAAACCUGACACCCAACAACUAACUGCAAACAACCACUUACCCUUAUACCACAGUCAUUAUUAACCAUAAACAACUGACACCAAACCUCUAACAUGAAACAACCAGAACAUAACCUGCAUGACUGAGGCUAGGUUUUUAUCUCUGUUGCUAGCCUAAACCUUCAGUGACCUUUGUUUUAAUUGUUCUUUAGUUGUUCCUGGAACAUCAGCGAGUGCUCAUUAUUGCGUAAUGAAAUGAGAGCAUAAUGAGCAGGAAUGUUUACCUCAAGCCCAUUCACAAACAUGGACAAUUUUAUAGUGACUAAUUCAAUCAUCCUAACUCGACCCACUUUACAUGUGCAUGAAACCACUUCAAAAGUAAUCCACAGAGAGCAAAAAACUUAAAUCUAUUUGCACAGGGAAGCAAUAAUGCAAAAAAAUGUAGACUGAUAUUCUCUUGAACCAGAUCUGGUUGGGAGUGUCAACCCUUCACACUGCUUAUUAGUUACUACCUGUUUAGUUUUGAGUUAUAACAUGUGUCCCCUAGGGGCCCUGUCAGGGGCCAGAGAGAGCUGGGAGUACGACUCUGGGGCCAGGGACCUCCAGAGUCCAGACAUCCAGCCUCGGCAAACACAGACCCAGCAACAGCCAGCCAUCCUCCAGAAGCUCCUGGAACAGCCUGGGACUGUCCAAGAACAGCAGGCUGCCCUCCAUAUGCUCCUGGCCCAGACCAGCGCCCACUGUAGCCCCCCGGGGGGAAAUUACCUGGAGCUGGCCAACACGGUGAGUAGGCAUCUGUUGAUGCUGGUGAUGAUGAGUGCGUUGUGCUGGUGGUAGUAUUGCAUUGUAUUGAUUCCUGGUAUGUUUCCUUUUGAAUUUUCUUGUGAGCCACCCAAUGAGCAAAUUAGGCCUAGUUGUUUCUAGUCACAAGCCAUUCUCCGGCCCUGUACGAAUUGGCUGCCAGUGCCACCCACCAUUUGGUAAACACUGAUGUAGGACAUAACGGUGAGAUCGGGAAACAUCAGCUGACUACUUAGCCUCUGAGUUACGAGAUCUUUAUUACGGCAAAUAAUGAAGGAAUGAGUGUGUAAUGGAAUUCCAGAACACACAACCGUGUUGUUUAUGUAAGCUGUCAUGGCACCUCCAACACUCAUAUACUGUGUAGUAGAUAACACACAUAACCCUGAGAAGUGUUUUCGUGCUGUGUGAAAGUUGAACCAUUGAAAAUCCAUAUAAUCUCUUCCUGGGAAAGGACUGUCACCAUAAAGAUGGGGGGAAAUGAUUUGACGGUAGGUGUAGUAAGCAUUGGUUAUGCUGCAGAGGGCAGUGCUGCUUAUGAUAACGCAAUUUUCUCACAUUCUCCUCUCCUGUUUAGAGCAGCCACUGGGCCUGUAUGGCUUGACAUCAUGGUACCUCCUGUUAAUGAUUAGGAGAUGGUAAUUCUAGAUCUGUGCAUAAGACUGAGCAAUGUAGCCAUUCAUCUAUAAUGAGGAUUUCUCAAUUCUUUAAGUGAAUUUAAAUUAAAUUUACUUCCUGAAUUGAUUGAGUUGAAAUUACAUUUAUUCUAACUGUGACACCAUCCCUGUGUCUUUACUCUUCAGCAAGAUAACUUGUCAAACCCACAGAACUCUUCUGACUAUAGAAACACAGUGGAGUAUCGCAAUACAUUUUCUGCUUGGUCCGGGUAGGUUGGUCCAACUCUCCCUAAAUGUUGACCGUGGCUCUCUUUUUCACUUAGCCUUGAGGAGUAUCAUCAUACGGGUAUCAGCAUAAUCUUCAUCACCUCCCCUGAGCAGCGCUCACACCAUCACACCCCUUCAUUAAUGCAUCCAUAUUUACUAUGAAUCAUAUGGGGCAGUCUCAUGAGCUGUCAUGUCCCCUUCCUAUAUCAGGUUUCAGGGCUGGGUGCCUUUAUGGACCCACAUAAAUCAUUUAGUGGUUUAUUACUGAGAUUAACAUCAUGACACCGUCCCUGUGUAGAUUAGCACAGGCACCGGAGAGAAUGGGAGGUUAAACGCUAUCAGUUGUCAGUGACAGAGAGUGAUGUUUGUGUCUGAGUGAGAAAGUGUAGUCACUAGUCACUUUCCACCCCUAACCAUUAUGUGGGGUAUGGUGCAGUGGCAUAGCAACCAUUUUGGCCCCCCCCACGCGAUUAUGAGCCCCACUUUACAGGCUUGUCCUGCCGGCAUUAUGUUUAAUGCAGCCGCUAGGCAUCGAUUACAGCCCUAAUGGAACAUCUGGUUGCUGACAGGGAGGAUGUGUAACUCUCAAUGCUUUGGUUGUCUGUAGGUCGACCUGGGACUUUAUGGACGUGUUCGUGUCAUGUUUUUUUAUGUUUUCAGACUAGGGAGAGCGUACAGAAUGGAUGCUAUGUAGCAUAUAUUUGUAUUUUUAUGCCAGGGUUAGGCCUUUUCUAUAUGGGUCUAUGAAAUGCCGAAAUGGAAAAGGUCUAAACGUGUGAUUUAGGCACACAUAUAGACCAUGUGACUUGUUAGUAUGUGGAGGUCUUGUAUUACGUUCUGUCGUUGAAGGCCAUUUGUUAAUAUUAAGUCGAGAGUGAAUGCUUAAUUUUCUCCUGUGUGAAUAGAAAAGUGUGUGUACGUGGCGUGAGAGAGAGAGAGAGAAAGAGAGUAUGUUUACGUGCAUCAGCCAGCAUCGUGUAUAGCAGAAAUUACAUUGCCAUCCCUGGUUGAAUAGAAUACCAUGCCCCCUCACCCAACACUCAUUAACCAACUUCGUCUCCCUCCACACUUAGCAAACAACAUAUUGUGUUUUGGGGAAAAUAAUGUGUACGUCAUUAUCUCCCUGAGAAGAAACUUAAUCCCUGGGUUUGCAGAUUGCUUUCUAUGGCAGCUUGAGUUCAUUCACACUCCUAUUCAUUAGCUGGUAUUUCAUUGGCUAGUUAGGGGGGAUUUAAUCAUUAUGCGGGAUUGCGGGAAUGCUGUUACCCUGUUGGCUGCAGCCAGCAUCCGACCAGGGCUGUAAAGGCAGAUUCAUUGGACACAUGCAGCGGACGCCAACAGAUUAAACAGCGAGGACGGUAUAUCACUGUCAAUGGGAAUUUCUGACAGUAUUCAACUGAAACGUACACUUUUCAAAUCCCUUUUUUAUUUGGAUAGCUCUGUGCACUCUGACCCCGAAAGAAGGACUCUCUUUCUGAAGAGUCUCAGACCCUGUUUGAGUACUUGCACCCUUCCUUCUUUGAUUGUGGUAAUCUGUUGGGGUUUGGAUAAGUGAAAACACCUGUCGCUGUCAUUAAUCCAACCCUUGUGAGAGUUUCACUUAUUUUGCUAUCAUUCCAACCAGGUCUGUGUCUCUGUGAUAACUUCAAGGGAGGAAGGAAAGGAGAAUUUGUAGGCCUAAGUAUUGGGACAGGGCCCUGGUUUGAUUCAUGAUUACGUGUUGCAGUUGUCUUUAGCCUGAGGGCUGAGCUUCUUUGGGGCCUAACUGCCUCAUAGGUUAAACAAAGAAAUCCCACACUACACAACUCUUGAGUACACAGUGUGGCCUUGUAAUAUAUUUUCUAGCCCUUCGGUAAAUACUUUGCUGUGGUGGGUUCUCUCAGUGGAGCACAUCUUGGUAUUCCUCUCCCUUUUUGAGGAAGUACAUAUGUACUGGAGCACUCACAAGUGUUGCCUUUCAGCCAAGGCCUUUCCAUCACCCCUCCUGAUUGUAUAAAGGUUGGCUGUGAGUGUUCUCUAGAUUGAAAACCUGGCCAGUAUUCUGAGCCCAGUACACACAGCCCCAUCUCAUUAGUGUUGGGAUGCAUGCCUCCUCUCUCUCUCACACACCAUCUAAUCAUCCCUAACAUACAUGUUCCCCAGGAUUGCAGGCAUGAUUCAUGCCUGUAACACACGACAUGCUCACAUGGAUACACACAGUUAAGUGCCAUCUCAUCUGCGCUGCUGGGAUACACUCGCUGAUCACACCCAUGAUUCAUGCCUCACACACACAGUUUAGUGCCAUCUCAAUAUCGGUUCAUUAGCCGUUGACCCACCAAUCACUCAGCCCGGCAGGCCCACUGCAUUCAGCCACUUUAACGCCAGUCGAUUGUCGAUUUCGAAACGCUCAAGUAGUUCACUCUAUCUUCAUGCAACCUGAGAUUGGCCUCAAAAAUCAAGAUUCCUUGAGUCAAAUGGUUGAUGUGACACAGUAAGAUAAAUGUUGUCUAUUUAACAGUUUCUCGAAAACAGUGGUUGCUACCUGAGAUGGCUUGGGGUUUCAAUCUCAUAGAGUGGGUAUUGCAUUAAUACGAGAUUCAAUAUUAACUCCACCAACACUGAAACAGGGUUGGAAAGAGAUGUUUUGCUCUGUAAUGCUGUCCGCGCAUAUAUACACACACAAACAAACAACAAACAAACAAACACUUGUUCCUCCACCCUUACAUUAAAUCCCAUCCUCCUUGAAUACUGUAUACUGGCAGCGGACAGUACUAGUAUGUAACUUCCCAUUCAUGAGAAUGCCACUGUCAUUUAUUAAUUCCAUUCAUGUACAGCAUGCUCUAGUACUUUACAACAUGAUGUAUGUUAAGCUAAAGGCACGGGUUGCAACCAUACAGGCUGAAAUAGCUAUCCAUAGUCAGAUCUCUCUUUACACUAGUUUUUUGCAAGACACUUUUGUCUGAUCUAAAUUCCAUGCCACUUACAGUAUGUACACCUGUUUAAAUAGCCUCUAUAUGGCAGUUUCUCUUUAAGGAUCAUACAUGUGUAAUAUUCCCACUGGUGUGGGUGUGGAUGGUAAGGUUUUAUCCAUAGCAGGAGUGCAGAGCUGGCUGUAUUUUUCUCACUACUGGUCUCCGUCUGGUGUCUCAGUAUGAAAUCCCCCUAUGAUAUGACACCAGGGCCUCAGCCAAGCCCCAAAAUAGAGCAAAGUAGUCCUAAUCGAUUAAUAUACAGUUACUAAUGGAUCGUUUUUAAGACAUCCAAGACAGCAAAAAGCCAAAUUAAUAUAUGUUAGUUAACGGAUGCAGUAUUUGAGGAGUGUAGGAAGGAGGAGUGUAGGGAGGAGGAUGUGUAUUUUGACAAAAUGAGCCAGUACAUGCCACUCUGUUCAAUAUGGCAGUAGCUUACAGAGGGAAGUGUUUUUACCAGAGGAAGAGAAGUGAGUGAUGCUUGGAGGAUGAGAGGAUGUGGGAGGAGGGGCAGUCAUGCUGAGAGGAUGUAGACACAGCCGAGCGGUCUUGCCACAUGUUAAUGGAGGAGGGGAAGGAAGACUGGGAGAGGAAUAGGUAGAGGGGUAGGUAGGGGAGGAAGAUACAGUCACCAGGGGAAUGAUCCAGAACAGGAAUGUGCAUCCAGAGCCUCCUGUUUCUUCUCUUGCCUCAGGGAACACACAAACAUCACACACACAGACACACAUUAGGCUAUCCCUUUACCACACCAGCCUUGGUUCAUGUCUUGUUUGAUGUUUGUGAGUUGCGAGGUGUAAGCUAGCCUGGCUAGUGGUCUUACAAAGCCAGUUCCCCCAUUUUAUUACCAUCCUCCCAAAGAGCACUCAAGUUUCUUUCUUCAUAGCCUAACCAGUAUGAAUCCAGACACAGGCAGGCUAAUACAUGGAACAUGUAUAAGUCUGAAGCAGCUUUGUUAUUCUGGCGCCUCUGUUUAAGUCUCCAUCAGCGCUAUGUGAUAUAAAGCUGUAACGGAUGAGUUAUAUGUGCCUUAGAUUGCUCUUUAAGAAGCCCAAGCCUCAGCCAUUCCUGAGCAGGCACUAAUCCUGAUCUUAGCAUCGAUCUCAGGAAAGCUCUCUGCCAUCUAUCUCUCUGUGUGCUGUAUGUCACUGCAUGUGAGUAAUUGUAUUUACCCAUUACUUGAUGACAAUAAUUACUUUUGUCCAGGCAUUAAGCCCAGAGGUCAGCCUCAACUUGACCUCUGGCAUUCAAUGAGCCAGAGAGUAGAAAUGGCAUGGCCCAGUCCUCCUGGACUCGUAAAUGGAUUUAUCAUUGUGAAAUGUCAAAGGGAAAACAUUCAGUUACCCUAAGUACAAAAAGUUAUUAAGCUAGACUUUUAGUUCUGCAAUGUCCACAGGAUAGUAGUACAGUAAAGCUAUCCUUCUCAGUCACCCCUUUCAAAAUGGCCAACCUUGUUUUGACCUUAGAGCUGAGGAAGAACUGAAUCAAUUUGUGCCUAACUGGUGGUCAAAAUCGCACAAUUUAAUAGACGUGUCCAGUUGUGGACAUCAACCAGUUGUGACGGGUGUUAUGUCAGUCUUAUAACAGCAUUAUGUCUAUUUCCUGCUUUAGUGGGAGUUGUUUUUCUAUAGAUCAGACAUUGUGAUUAAAGGCCUUUACUCAGCAGGUAGAGAAAGAAUAGGCACCACCAGCUUGGCCCUUAGCCAGUCCUUCCUCUAUGGGGGCUAGCUGCUGCACUGUUUGGAUAAGUGUCUGUAUCUCUGGCUAGCGCUAAACCCAUAGCCCCCCUGUGUGCUGGGCUAGCCUUAUCGCUAUCUGCCCUCAAACCAUAGCCCUCCCUGUGUGCAAGGCCUAUCGCUAUCUGCCCACAACUCAUAGCCCUCCUUGUGUGCUAGUUCUGCUAGCUUUAUUGCGAUCUGCCCUGCAGCAGAUUUUUGAUUUCACACGCAAGCAAGUUUGGUUUCACUGUGUCACUGACACUGUCCCUCUCCCAGUGCCAAUCCUCUUUUCUCUCCCACUUGGAAAAGUGCCCAGAAAAGCAUUAGCGAGUCUCCAAUAAAUGCGCCCAGCCAGCACCACUGCACUGCACAGUCACUGUGUCCUCCAAGCUCUGUGUCAGUCGCUAACAAGGUGUUAGCUGUGAUGUGUUGGCCUAGUUUUGACGUUGUAAUGACUCUUUUGGAAUAACCUGUGGUUGUUGGAAGGCUGUUGAGGGGACUGUGUGUUAGUGAAGAGGUAAGUAACGCGAGGUGACAGGGCAGGAGGAUGAACGAGAUGGGUGGUAUUUUUGUGGGGAAAGUCUCUUUAGGUAAUGUCAGCCCUAUAGCAUAGAGCUGGGUUGGCAGGUUGGAGUGGAUGUAGCUAGAGACCAGACCAGAGACCACUGCAUAGGCAAAUUAUUGAAUCUUUGAUAUCUAUGUGGGUGAGGGGAGAGGAUGUUGGACGGUUUACACUGCUGUGUAGAUUGGAUGAGUAACAUGCAAUCGAUCUUCAGGGAAGGCUCUCAUUUUAGUCUGGUUGGAGAAUCGCUUUCUGUUCGGGCAUAUUUUAUUAGAUACUCAACUGUAUUUAAAUGUGUGUACCUACAUGCUGUGCUAUAUUGCUUUACAUUGCUCUGGGAGAUUGUAUUUCCAUGUUGUGUAGUGAUGGGUAUGUGAGCUUUCUUCCACUACUAACCUGUUGGAUCUGCACUAGUAACAGCAAAGUGUCAUUAUGUGAACACAUUAUUUCUAUGUUUUGCUAUCUAAUUACAUUUCUAUCUGCCUAGAAAACCUCUCAGGAAAAAGGAAACCCUUGAGGAAAGAAGGGGUCUAUUCUCCAUAUCAUUGUUCUCAUUAAUUUUCACUGGGCAGGGAGAGAGGGAGACAGACUAGACUACGCGCUCCAUACCAUUUCAAUUAGAACGUAAACCAGCUCCCAAUGUACCGCUUCAUGAAUCAUACAUGCAGGUCUUUUCACAGGGCCUGAGCAGUUCUGUCUAAACCUAGAAGCACCUCUGAUAUACUCUGAGUGCAGAGUCAGCAACUUAGGUUCAAUGUUUUGUCUCCUUCUACAGCUCAUCUUCCCAAUUGUCUCCUGCUGUUUGAAUUCUUUUAAUUUUAUUGUAAUAUUGUCCUCUUAGAAUAUCAACGUGGAAUGGAAGUGGUUUCAGCACAGUUCUUUUUUACCCCCUAGUGAAAGAAAUGGGAGAAGACAUUAGGCUGGGAAUUAAUAUAAUAAUAUAUUAAUUCCUGGUUGAAGCUUUGUGCUAGAUGGUGGUAGAUUUAAGUAUUAAUACUGCCUUGCCUUGAAGUCUAACUAUUGACUUUGAAUUCAGUGAUCAGGGCGUUGUGAGUUUAAAUUAUUGUUGGUUCAUUUUCUAAUUUGCAUGGCAAGUAAGGGAGAGUUUCAAUUAGGGGAAUAUGCCAGCAAGUGUGUGUGUGUGCCCUGCUGUGUGUGUUUCCCCUCUUCAUGCUGCUCUUUGUGCGUUUACAUGCUGAUGAGCCGUGUCCAGCUUAGGGAGCAGCGGUGUCAGGAUCACGCUUCCUAACAGCGCUGCUGUGUGAGAGCACGUCUAAAUUAGUUUAUUGUGAUGCUCCUGACGCUCCUGCUGUGUCCAUCUACAUCUUUGUGCGUGUGUGUAUGCUACUCUGCUAUGUGGUCUCCUUGAUACCUUGGUUGUUCCUUUAUUGUGGCUUCCUGUCAAAUCACAGCUUGUCAUAUCAAAAAUACAACCAAUAUCAAUAGGGGGAUCUGUUGAUUAUUUUUGGCCCAAGCAGGUCUCUACUACUUAUUGGUGUCCUUUUAGUAGGGGUUUCUUUGCAGCAUUUCGACCAUGAAAGCCUGAUUCACACAGUCCCCUCUGAACAGUUGAUGUUGAGAUGUGUCUGUGACUUGAACUCUGAAGCAUUUAUUUGGGCUGCAAUUUCUGAGGCUGGUAACUCUAAUGAACGUAUCCUCUGCAGCAGAGGUAACUCUGGGUCUUCCAUUCCUGUGGCGGUCCUCAUGAGAGCCAGUUUCAUCAUAGCGCUUGAUGGUUUUUGCGACUGCACUUGAAGAAACGUUUAAAGUCAUUGAAAUGUCCCUUAUUGACUGACCUUCAUGUCUUAAAGUAAUGAUGGACUGUCGUUUCUCUUGCCAUAAUAUGGACUUGGUCUUUUACCAAAUAGGGCCAUCUUCUGUAUACCCCCCUACCUUGUCACAACACAAUUGAUUGGCUCAAACGCAUUAAGAAGGAAAGAAAUUCCACAAAUUAAUUUUUAAGAAGGCACACCUGUUAAUUGAAAUGCAUUCCAGGUGACUACCUCAUGAAGCUGGUUGAGAGAAUGCCAAGAGUGUGCAAAGCUGUCAUCAAGGCAAAGGGUGGCUAUUUUUAAGAAUCUCAAAUAUAAAAUAUAUUUAGAUUUGUUUAACACUUUUCUGGUUACUACAUGAUUCCAUAUGUGUUAUUUCAUAGUUUUGAUGUCUUCACUAUUAUUCUACAAUGUAAAAAAUUGUAAAAAUGAAGAGAAACCUGUGCAUGUGUAGGUGUGUCCAAACUUUUGACUGGUAAUAGAGAUAUAUAUCCUUAAGUGACUGCCUUUCCCCUUGUCAACUUAAUUAAACCUAUCUGAAUUAGUCUAGUGGCUAACACAAAUAUUUUGCGGCCCAUUAUUGAACCAUGUAGUCAAAUAUUCAUUACUGGUUGCUCUAAACACUGGUCAUCAAUAUAUUACUAAAGUGCUCCAAUCUGUUCAUAUUUAAUGAGGCCUGAACGGGCCGCUAAUCUACUAGUGCGCCCUAAACACUAUAAUUAAGACUACGAGAGGAACCACAAUGUCAGAAGUGCACUUUAAUUGCUUUAACAGCCUCCGCCAAUGUUUGUCUAUGGAGAUUGCAUGGCUGCAUGCUCGAUUUUAUACAUCGGUCAUCAACGGUUGUGGCUAAAAUAGCCAAAUCCACUAAUUUGAAGGGGUGUCCACAUCCUUUUGGCCAUGUAGUGUACCAUUAGUGCUGGGUCAGUCGGACACAGUCUUUUGUGUGAGUGCUGGUCUGAGUUUAGCUAAAAAAAAAUGCCGGAACAAGCUAUGAGAGAAACUCCUACAACUGGAGGGAGGGACAAGCAGAGAGGGGGAGGGACAAGCGAGACUGGAGGGAGGGAUAAGCAGUGAGUGAGAGAGCUAGAGUGAGAGAAGGAGGGAUAGGGAGUGGGAGCCAGAGUGUGUGUGUGUGAUUGAGAUCUGCAAUUGGAUGGUCUGGGAAAGGCACAGAGUAACUGAAGAAAUAGGAGGAGGAAGUGAGGGUGGGGGUGCUGCUAAAACUUGAAGUUGUAACGGAGAGGGGGAGUAGAGAGGGGGGUCAGGAGGAACCCGACAGGCAAACUGCAAUCUGACUGGCAGCCGACCAGCAGAGACGCUGACACACUGGGGAACGCCCACCGCUACACACAAACACACACACACACACGCUGAGCCUGGCCCCAGGGAGUUCUCUCCACACACACUCCGGCCGUGGUGGCAGCGCGUGGAGAUGACCAGGGAGAGCGGCAGAGAGAAGGUGAGCCAGCCAGGAGCGACUCCAGCAGUUUUCUCGGAUACACUCAGGAACAGGGCGCUACUGAUUUAACAGAUAACGGAUCAUGGUGACUGUGCACCUCUGAACGGUGUGUGUGUGAGCGUGUUUGUGUGUGUAUAUACCUCCACCUUUGGUCUGUCUGUGCGUGUUCACGCUGAUCAUUGUGUGGAAUAAGGGUAUUUUUCUGAAUGAAGAUGGCUGGCCACGGCAGCCAGUGGAAACUGGAGAGUACAGGCAGCUGAAGACAAGGGACUGCUUUUUUUCUUUCGUCCUUCCCUUCCUCCGUCUCUCUUUCCUCCUCUCCGCCAUCAGGAGAGGGCGAGCCCUGCAAUCUUAAUCUGUUUGGAGAGUUUUGGAAAAUCAUGAACUCUUCCGGAGCAGCCGGGAAAUUUGGGAGUGACUCCCAGGUCGAAGUGGGCAAG